AUGAAUUCUACAGAGGCGCUCGAGGAUGAUUUAAUUCGUGAUCCAGAUACAACAAGACUUUUAGGAACGUUUGCUGGUAUUGGGAAUAAUGCUAAUCAUAUGAUUGGUGUUGGAAUAUUCUCAAGUCCUGGUCUAGUCUUAAGUGAAAUUCAGUCUCCUGGAAUAGCAUUAAUUUUAUGGGUAGUGGGUGGAAUUGCCACCGCGUUUGGAUCACUUUCUUAUGUCGAGUUAGGAAGUUCAAUGCCAGAUGGAGGAGGAGAGACUGUGUAUUUAGCACAAGCAUACCCUCGUCCCAAAGCACUAUUGAGUUAUAUGUUUAGCUUUACCAUGAUCGUGGCAAUACAACCGGCUUAUACGUCUGCCAUAACAAACGUUUUCGCACAAUAUUUCUUAUAUUUAGUUAAAGCAGCAGAACAUUGUGACAUUGACUAUUUGCAUCCAAAGAAAUACAUUACUGAUUGGAAUUUUUGGCAAUUACGACUUUGUUCGUUAGCUGCGGUAGUUAUAGUCACAGCUUAUCACAUGGCGUCCAACAAAUGGGCAAAUCGUAUAAAUCAAACUCUCACAAUUAUAAAGAUGUUAACACUGCUUACUAUAUCGAUUAUUGGACUUGCAACAAUUCCUCGGUUUAUUAACGAUGAAAAUACGAAUUGGAAAAAUAUGUUUCCUCGUGAUGCAAACAUAAGUGCACGCUCUUUGACGGCUGCACUUAUGCCUAUUUUAUUUGCAUAUAGUGGCUGGAAUAAUUUAAAUUAUACUUUGGAUGAAUUCAAAAAUCCACAACAAAAAUUGUUCACGUCAAAUAGUAUUAGUGUCGGUAUUGUUACUUUUUUAUACCUUUGUGCUAAUAUUGCAUACACAAACGUACCAUUAUCAAAAAUAACCGGAUAUAAUGAACCUUCAGAAAUCAUUGCUGGUAAAUUCGCUUUCCAAGUCGGUGACUUUAAGUUAGCUCGUGCGCUAUCUUUUUUCGUUUGUCUAUCAGCUUUUGGAGCAUUGGCUGCAAAUGUGUGGGCCGGUUCGCGAGUCAUUGUAGCCGCUGCUAAAAGAAAUUAUCUUCCUUUCUCGUCACAACUCAAAAAAUGGAAUAAAGAUACAGAUACGCCAAUUUUUGCAUUGAUAACACAAGCAGUUUGGUCUUCAUUGAUCAUUCUCUUUUAUCCACAUAAUGAUCCAUUUAAAUUUUUUGUUAAUUUGAGUGAGUAUUGCGUGUGGGUGUUUCUAUUUCUGACUGUUUUGGGAUUGUUGAUUUUGCGCCAUUCUCAACCCAAUUUAAAUCGUCCAAUCAGUGUGCCUACAAUAAUACCCAAACUAUUCAUUUUAUUCACACUAUUUGUCAUAAUUGGAUCUUUCGUAAACGAUUCAUCAACAAUGCCUCAUCAAGAGCAACAACCCAACGAUAGUCAACUAUGUGGAAGUAAUAACUACAAAUAUGCAAAAUAUGAAUAUUACCUUCCUUAUGUCAUAAGUUUGGUUGUAAUAGGAGUUGGUGCGAUUUGUUGGUACUUUUUAUAUAAGUUAUCUUGUAAGAUUAAAGUAAUAAUCGAGACAGGUAAUAAUGUUAGUACACAUAUUUCAGAAGAUGGCACGAAUCAGUCAGUUGAGUUACCAUUAGAAGUCACUAAGACAAAUGACUCUCAGAGCAUGGAUAAAGAAAAUUUUUAUAAAAACCCUUAA